GUAAUACAACAAGUGACGCUGCUACGGUCACCUCGUUGUGGAUUCCAGUACGUCCCUAAGUGGCAGAAAUAACGUUGAACUAACAGCACUGCUUACGUUAAUUAAAACAUUCCCAACUUGUGUUAAAAUCAUAUUGCGGAAGGUGUCGAAAAUGUCAGUUAAAAAAAUAUUCCUUAGUUUUAUUGCGACUAGAGCCGAGAGGGAGUGAGACCGCCCGAGCUGACCACUGAUAGUAAAAACGAGCGACCCUCCCCCUACGUUACCGUCCGCGGAAGACAUUUAGCAUUUUUACAGCACGAAUAGGCUACACACAGCCCUCUGAACAGUAAUUUGCAUACAUUCAACCUGGAAGUGAGUGAUAUACAGACACGUACGGGUGAAUAUAUUUAUUUAUUUUUUAAUAAAGAGACUGAGCUCGGCGUCAACAUGGAGGACUGCGGUUUCCAGAGCCAGCUACUGUCCGUCAUGGAGGUCCUGGCCAAGGCAGCUGUGGCGGAGAUAACCCGGCGUGUGGAUGACAGCUGCGCGGUGCUCCGGCUGGAGGUGAGCCGGAGCCGGCGGGACAUCGAGCUGCUGAAGCGGAAGAGCGAGGCCAUGGAGGCAGAGCUGAGGAGGAGCAGGAUGAGAGCCAGGAGGAAAGCGUUUUAUCCUCCAGCCGCAGAGAGAUUCUCUCCUUUAGUCCGAGUGGUGUUGAACAGAGGGAGACAGAGCACAUGUUGGAAUGCUGAGGCUCAGUCUCAACCCCAGCAGUGUGCAGACGUGGAACGUGCUGAUGAAGCUGGACCCAUCCUGAUCAAAGAGGAGGGUGCAGAGGACGACCUGUGGACAAACGAGUCGGAGGACAAACUCAUCGGUGAAGCCGAGCAGAUGCCACGUUUGGAAGCCUCCCAACCUGCCCAGACUGACAUCUUUGUAGGGCAUUACCCCCCCGCUGAGAACGCCGAUGAGCCUGGAUCUCCGGUUUCCCCAACAGACGGCACGUUCCCCGAGCAGCAGCCGAACAGACACCAAACUGCCGCGGAGCUCGGGGUGAAACACGAGAGAGACAGAGAGACCGAUGAGAUGGCAGCUCCUCUUGAUUCAGCCCACAGGUUUGUGACCGAGGAAGGAGACGGACAGCUGUGGUCGUCCAAUCAGUGCAGAGACGCUGCUGAGCCAAGCUUCCCGUACGCUGAGCCACAGUUUGAGCCACCCCCCUCUGCGGCCCCGCCUCUAAGCGGACUGCAUAUGGGAGACACGUGGCCCCGGAUUCCCUCGAUAGGGAAAUCCCACUCAGUCGUGGGGAGUUCAGCGCGCGUGAAAAGACGAGCCAGAACGUUUGGAUGUAAGAGGCCGCAGCCAGAUGAGGGACAGGGUGCUUUAUCACAGAUCAACGCCAUGGAGCGAUGCUCGGUUCCUCCGCCACCACAGCAUCAUCAGUACCCAGAUUCUCCUCAACGGAGGAACCCAAACCAGGAUUUGACGCCGGCGCCAAACCUAGCUAUAGGCAUUUCUUCUUUCUGUGGGCACAACCGCAGCGGCCUGGGCCUGGUGAGGAGGACAAGGACGCCCUGGAGGUCCGGCGUUGGCGAGAAGAGGUUCAGCUGCACCUACUGCGACAAAAGCUUCAUGAGGUUCAGUCAGCUCAAGGAGCACCUGCGGAGCCACACGGGGGAGAAGCCAUUCAGCUGCCUGCAGUGCGGCCGCAGCUUCACCAAACAGUGCAACCUGAUCCGACACGCGGUGGUGCACAGCGGAGAGAAGCCCUACGCCUGCUCGAUGUGCGGCAAGUGCUUCACCCAGCGCUCCAGCCUCAAGUCCCAUCAGAAAACAGCACACUGACUUCACAGGGGUUUAAGGCCGAUUUACGCAUCUGCGUUAGUGCGGGCCCGACACAUUAACUGUAAUUAUGAGCCUCAGCCCGAUUUAAACCCGACAAUUACGUGGGCCGUUAAAACUGCCAUUUUUAACUGAGAGUUGUUUGAACUACAGAAACCUUUUUGGAAUAAUCUUAAUGAAUAAUGCACCAAGGAGGAAGCAUGUAAACUGCGUUGUGUGUUUAUUCAGAAUGGAAGGGAUCACACAUGGAUCUGAAUGAAGAAACGUAAAAAAAAAAACCUCGACCCAUAGCUCCCUCAGCCGAAUAGUGUGGGUAAGAUCCAAGAGCCAUGGGAGAAGCUGGAGAGGCGUAGCUUUCUUAUAAUUCUUAAUUAGGCUAACACAAAUGCUUGAUCAAGGCCCGGCCCAGCAAUAGUGGCGGAAAAUACCGGUCAAAUUUGGACUCGAACAGAGAAUCUAAACUCUACUCUGUGUUAAAUCCACGGUGUAGGUACGUACGUACAGUACGUCUGCGUAGAUCCGGACCUAAACCAUAGCUUGGUGUGCUCCUCUCAAAAAAUGUAACUACACGUCACGGCGAUGUGGAGGGCAACAACUGUGUGUGUCCAUUGUCAGCGUUAUUUCCCUGCUUUGCAUUCAUUUCUAUUUGCCGUGCAAUGCAUUCUGGUAGCGCCACGGGGACUUGGUCCUUUGUCGAUCCGAAAUGAAGACCGAUUCAGCAACAUCAUGGCCUUCUCGCUUCAAAUGUUUUCAGAAACACGUCUGCUUGUCAGUGGUCAGUGAAGAGAAACUGGUGGCAGCCCCUAGUGUACAAUGCUGGGAAGCAGAUAAGCAUAGACAUAUAUGGGAUUGACCGUGGUCAGAAAGCACAGGGGAGACACUUUGACUCUCCCACUAUGACUCUAGAGUCAUUACUCGCUCCAAAAGCUAAAUCGCCGUCACUCUCUCACUUGCUCCACCACACGCACGGACGCUCUGCGCAGAGCCUCAGCAGCAGCAUAAAUCAGCUUUAUUUUACACACCUGAUUCACUGAUAGAAGGAUGAAAUUGUUUUGUUUGUUUUUACUGUUGUUUAAAUGUAUGUAUUUUUGUUUAAAACAGUUACAUUUUAUAAUAUUUAAAUAUUAUUGAUACAAUAAAACCGACUAGUCUGGAA